GCAAACCUCAGUCUGUGCAGACGUUUCGCGGAGGAAUAAAAAGGCGAAUAUAUUUGAGAUACAAUUUAGCAGGAGGAAUAACCCCUUAUCAAUUACACACAAUGGGCAGCGUGCAGCCAGGAGGAAUUGUGACCGUUGAAAACACCUGGGUGCACUCGUCUCCCCACGCCCCCCUGCCCCCUUACGCGGUGAUCGGUGGCCACGACUCGGACCGCACGCCCAUCUAUGUGGGUCGAUCCUUUCACGAGGGCGAGAACCUGCCGGCCAAGGUCAUUCCGAGCAAGGGCUGCGCCUACGUGGCCUACGGCGGUGCGGAGCACCAGAAGACCCACUACGAGGUGCUGGUGGGCCAGGGAUUCGCCUGGGUGCCCAGUGCCAGUGGUGGAGUGCCGCCGAAUGCGGUGAGGAGCGGAACGACCCGUACAGGAGAGCCCCUCUACGUGGGACGCGGACAUCAUGCGGGCAGCUUGACCGUGGGCAAAGUUCAUCCCUCGCACGGUUGCCUGUAUGUGCCAUUUGGCGGCCAGGAGGUGCGCAUUAAUACCUACGAGGUGCUCAUCAAGCAGCAGUAUGACAAUUGGGUGGCUGCCUCGCCCAGUUACACGCCCCCGGGAGCAGUGAUCGCUGGCCAUGAUUCGGACCGCACUCCCAUCUACGCGGGAAGGGCGAUGCACGAGGGCGAGAUGCUGCCCGCCAAGGUGGUGCCCAGCAAGGGAACCGCCUACGUCUGCUUCGGGGGCUACGAGUUCCAGAAGCCCAGCUACGAGGUGCUCACCGGCUGCGGAUAUGUCUGGGCCCAUGCCGGCCAUCACAUCCCACAUAACGCCGUCUCCACGGGUCGUGCCCGCAACGGGGAGCCCCUGUACUACGGACGAGGACACUACCAGGGAAGCCUUACUCCCGGCCUGAUCUCGGCCAGCCAGCGAUGCCUGUACAUCCCCUACGGCGGUCGGGAGAUCCGCAUCAACUCGUACGAGGUCCUCUGCAGGCAAUAAGCUCUGCACCCAUUGGAACCCCAUAAAUACCAUAUGCAUUUAGCCCAGAUCAAACUGUAAUCGCACCCAAUAAACUGACUGUUAACACCCAA